ACUCCCUUUGUUGUUGCCAGCAGACACACGUAUUGCACCCAUCUCGUGGCUGGUGACAGGCUGUGUGCCUCCUGAACAAUACCCCGAGCACAGGCAGUGAAGGGGCAAUCAGUGCAGAGCAGGAGGAAGGGAGGAGCCAGCACACACACACUGGGCUCCACCAGCCUUCACUUCCUUUAUUGGUGGCAUGGCUCUGAGGAUGGAUGGCAUCCUCCUGUUCAGGCAUACAGUCCUCUUCUACUGAAUGCAGCUGAUGAGCCCACACACUGCCCUACAUGACCAUUAUUGAUGCUGCUCAUUGGACAUCCCUGGUCUAUCCUGUACUUGUGUGGAGUGAGAACACAGCCAUAGCAGCAGCAGCAGCAGGAGUGACAGGGAAUGAAUAGGAAGUGGUGUGUGCUGGAGAAUCCACAGAGGAGCCUGGCUUGUGCUCUGUGCUCUUCUUAUUGAUGCUCCUGGCCUGCUGGAGCAAGUCCUCACCCUUCUCACCCCAGCCUCUUGUCUCACCAGCAUCCUGCUUCACAUCAUGGAAGGAUUGCAUCCUGCUUCCAGGCUGCUGGGACCCCUGGCUUUUUGGUCCACCUCCUCGGUGCUUGUCUUCUUAGCCUUCUCCGGCGUCCAGGCGUCCAACCAGCUGCCCAGCGAGUGCCACAAUGGCAAAGGAAAGGGGAUCAACUGCUCAGAGCUGAAUAUGAGGGAGUCUGAAGUACGACGAGUGUGUGAUGAAUCAACGUGUAAAUAUGAAGGAGUGUGCAAAGAAGAUGGUGGUAUAUUGAAGUGUGCCUGCCAGUUUGAGUGUGGCACAAAUUAUGUACCAGUUUGUGGAUCAAAUGGAGACACUUACCAAAACGAAUGCUUCCUAAGGAGAUCCGCCUGCAAGCAGCAGAAACAUUUAACUGUAGUAGCAAGAGGACCUUGCAUUUCUGAUGCUGCAUCUGGAUCUGGAGAAGGAGAAUAUGAAGGAUCUGGAACUGAGGUUCACAGGAAACAUCCGAGAUGUGGAGUCUGCAAAUAUGGGGCUGAGUGUGACGAAGAUGCUGAAGACAUAGGGUGUGUAUGUAAUAUAGACUGCAGUGGACAUAAUUUUAACCCGGUCUGUGCCUCUGAUGGAAAUUCCUACUCCAACCCAUGUAUGGUUCGAGAGGCAUCCUGCCUGAAACAAGAGCAGAUCGACGUCAAACACCUUGGAAGCUGUACAGCAACUGAUGACACAAUCCCAGCUGGAAAGAAAGAUGAUGGUUUACAGUACCGCCCAGAGGUGAAAGAUUCCAGUGAUCAGAGGGAAGAUGACUACAUAGGCAAUUACAUGCCAUGUUCUGAAAACUAUGUUGGAUACUGUGUACACGGAACAUGUGAAUUCAGUUAUUCAACCCAGAAAGUAUCAUGUCGGUGUGACUCAGGAUACACAGGCCAGUACUGUGAUAAGACAGAUUUCAACAUUCUGUACGUGGUUCCAAGCAGACAAAAGCUCACUCAUGUUCUUAUAGCAGCCAUCAUUGGAGCUGUGCAGAUUGCCAUUAUAGUUGCUAUUGUCAUGUGCAUAACAAGGAAAUGUCCGAAAAAUAACAGAGGACGUCGACAGAAGCAAAACCUUGGUCACUUCACAUCAGAUGCUUCAUCCCGGAUGGUGUAGCCUCAGUGUUUUUUUCUUGUUUAUUUUUUAUACUUACAUUGACCAUGUGAUGUACAUUUUUAUUAUAUCUUUUUUUAAAGAAUGGAAAUAUUUAUUUCAGAGGCCUUAUUUUUUGACAUUUUAUAGUUUAGCCUUGUUGUUUGUCUGUUGUAUUUGCAAAGCAUCAGCGCUGGCAGCAAUAGACUGAUAAAGCUUUUGUUUGUUUUUUUUUUUGUUUUUUUUAUAUUUCUUUUCUUGAAAAUGCAGUCCUCCAUUUCUGUGUAUUUGCUUUCGCAUGGUUGUAAAUUAGUCAUUUGACUCUUCAAGUGUCCCAAUUGUGAGACCGUUGGGGUCCAGCCACACAAUUUGGAAAGGUUAGUUAACUGAGGGCAGUUCAAUGUUUAUAAUUUUUUUGAUGUUCAUACAGUUUGUAAAAAUAACUUUAGAUACCAAACUGUUUUGGCCAGGCAUUUCAUUUGAAGUCUGGUUCUGAAAAUGCAGUUUGCUUACCAGUAUGACAUAGACCGUAUUAUGGAUCUGCCUAGUUGAAACUAACAAAAUGGUGGAUGCAAUGUUCACUGUAUCCCCACAAUUGGUUGCUCCUAUGGAACACAGGCUCAGGCCUUUUUGAGGUUGAAGAUAUGAAAGUAACAUCAAAAAUGUAAUAAACACCCAAGGCAUGAGCUAAAGGUAACAAUGUUUACAGUUUUCUUUUUUAACCAAACUUCGUAGAAUACACUGUGUUGAAUAGGUAUUUUAAUGUUUUAUAGAGCUUAGUUAUGCUUUUACUUUCCUUUUUUUUUUUUUUAACACUGGCUAUCGCAUGAUAUGUGAAUUGUAUUCUGUGAGUAGUUGUAAAAUGUUGAAUAUGUUCUAUGGUUUCUAAUCCUAAUAUUUAUAAGCUAUUUGACCUGUUCAUCCAGGGCUGGGGAAUGCAGUUGGUACAUUGUUCUGUGGUGUCAAAAACUGUAACUGUUUUGUAUAUCUUUUAUUUAUUUUUUAGUUGAUUGUGUCUGUGACUAUCUGUAUUUUAUACACAACUGACAAUGAGGAAAAAAAUAAAAAAUUAAAUUGGGCACCAAAAAGACACCACACAAAAUACCAAUUGCUCCUGUGCCACAUUGGACCCUUGAGGAAAAAAAAACGUCUUUUUUAAUACAAAUGUAAUAUAUAAUAAUUUGGGAAGAAAUUGCUUCCUUAGCUCUGACAUAUAAUGGAUCUCACAACACUUUUGUUACAUUUAGAUAAAUGUUAAAUUUAAUGUAAAAUAAAACUUGAAACUGUUGAUCAGCAUACUUAUGUUUAUUUGGACACCAUUACAAAAUUAAAAGGCUGCUUUAAUAAA